GUCAAAACGUCAGCGGGAGCCAUGGCUGAUUAUCUAAGAGCUCACCGUGCCUUCUUCGUGACGUCAGUAAUGGUCCUCGGAGCGUCGCUGACGGGGAUUUACUGGUGCCCCGACAUCACUCCUGACAUCGCGAAUGGCAACGCUGCAAAUAUCACCGGCGGUAUCGCACAUGGCAACACGACGGACAUCGCGACGAAUCUAUUCCCUGACGUCACUAGGAACAUCACUUUCGACAUCACCUCUGACGUCAGCAACGAGUCCGAAGGCUGUGUUGCCAAAGGAAGUGCCUCGGCGUCGCCUGCCUUGCCCGAGGGGGAAAACUGCUCGAGGGACAUUGGCAACGGUGAUUGCAAAAUCAUCUCCAAACUCGGCUACAGCAACUCCCUCUUCGUGUCUCUGUUGGGCUUCGCCGUCCGCUUCUGCCUCUACUCCUUCGUCACAAACCCCUGGUGGUACUUGCCCGUCGAGAUGCUCCACGGCGCCUCCUUCUCGCUCAGUCUCGGGUGCGCCACGAUGUACGCCAACAGCGUGACGCCUCCCGGAGCGGAAGCGACGAUGCAGGCGAUUUUCGGGUCGUCCCUUCACUGUGCUAAUGGUUUGGGUGGAUUGGUGGGCGGCUGGCUCUUCCACGUCAUGAGCGGGUGGACAGCCUUCUUGGCCAUGGGCGUGGGCGUGGGCGGGUAUGCUUUCCUGUACCUGGCCGCGGACCUGUGCGUAACGAGGCUGUUUCCCGAGGGACCAGGGAAUACGAGCGCAGCCGAAGACAGUGUCCCUCACGAGACCCCGAAGGAGGAGGUGUAUCUCCUUGAAGCCGGCGAGGCGAGCCAAGCCAAGAUCCUGCCGGCGACGAACACCCGCGAAGGACAACAGGACCUGUAAUCUCAGGGAAAAGGUAUCCUGCAAG